UCGCAGGUUCCACGAGUCGGACGAGCGAGCGCGUCUCAGGUGCUCGAACCCCGAGGGCGAAGCGUUCGGCACCCGGCUUUUGCCCUUCCCCGACCCCCGGUGCGCGGUCCCGUUGCGUCGUGGUACCCCUGCGCAGCGCCAGGCGGCGCCGCCUCCGACACACAGCGGAAGCCCCCCGACGCUUUCCAUGCGGCCGGGAGUCUGAAGUGGCACGGCAAGUCGUCGCACGCUUCAACGACCAUGGCUUGGAUACACGCGCUGCUGGUCGUCGUCGCUCUGGCCGCACCAGGAGUAGUGGCCACACGUUCACAGUACCACGGCAAGCUGAUUGGAACGCUAUAUGGAUCGACACACCAAGUGGAUGCUACCGUGUAUGCCGCAAGCGACGACAGUUUUAGCCUGGUCAACUUUACGUAUGACGGCUUGGGUCCAGACGCACACUUCAUCGUGGGGACAAAAGACCAACCGGAUGCGAGUGGUCUCAACGUACCCGAUGAAAAAGGAUCGCAUCAUUUGGUCACAUCACGAUACCGACAAACUUCGAGACCCCAAAACCAGUCACCGUGGGAAGGCUGAGAGGACAGGACGGCAAAGAAUCCGGUCCAGUCGUAUUGGUUGAUUCGCGGACAAUGUUUAUAGUCCACUUCAGUUACGCUGCUAAAGAUGAAGCAAAUUUCCUGGUGGGGACCGGACCUCUUGGGGCUACCGACCAAACCACAAUACUUAAAGACGAGCAGAACAGCUUUUCCCCCAUCACGGAGGUCAAAAACAAGAACAUAACCCUCACACUGUCUGAGGGUGACGCCUGGGCAAACUACGAGUGGCUCUCAGUCAUGUCCCUCCACAACCAGAAAGUUCAUGCCACCGUGAAUUUUCCCCACUUUUCGAAGGCCAUUCCUCUAAACUUCACGAAGGUUGCUCCAAUGCCUACAGAAGGCUGGAAAGCACUCGAGUCGAGAGGGCAGCAGAAGACCUAUUUGGGGAAGAAACUUGGAGAUCUGAGUGCCGGAAAACAUGGAGUUUUCGGCACUCUCUACGCUGGCUCUGGGAAGGCUUUGAUACUGGAAGACUUCAGCUACGAUGGCACAGCUCCUGACGCCUUCUUCAUGGUGGGAACUUCUAGCCAACCUUCCAAAGAUGGCAUAGUUCUCAGAAACGAGGCUGGAAGCACUGCGAGACUCUCCGCAUACAGUUCCAAGACAAUUGUGCUAAAGUUGCCAUCAGAUAAGGUCGUCACCGAUUAUAGGUGGUUCAGCGUCUACCGCAAGGACGCAGAGAUGAGUCUGGGUGAGGUCGCCAUUCCAAGCGACUUCGACUACCCCAGAGAAAGAAGCAUUGGUUCAUCUUUGUCCGGCGCUCAUAGAACACACGUUGGAGAGGUUAUACUGAAGGACAUGAAAACUCUCUUCCUGAAGGAUUUCUCCUACGAUGGAUCUGCACCAGACGCGUUUUUCCUGUGUGGGAAAGGAAGCCCCAACCCGCAAGGUACCAAAGUUCCCGAUGAAAACGGACGCGUCGCGGUGAUACAUGGCUACAGCCACGCGGAUCUGACCCUUACACUUCCUGGCGAGCUAACGAUGUUCGACAUUGACUGGUUCGCCGUCUACUGCAUAACGUACACAGAAAUCUUCAUCAGUGUCACGAUCCCAAAGAAUCCAAAUAUACCGCCUCCAAUGGAACUUCUAGAGACACCAAAGCAGAUGGAGCAAAUCGAUGGGUCUGACUUUGAGAACUGCGAAACUAUCCUACCGAACAGGCUGCAAGUCGCGUGGAAAUUAGAAAGCAACUCAAUACUGUUCCAACUCAAUACAAAACUCAUGGCCAAGGAGUGGGCUGCUUUUGGAAUCAGCGGAGACAAGGACAGAAACCAAAUGAUUGGUGGUGACGUGGCUGUUGUCUACCUUGAGGGUCCAUCGAACAAAGUGAAGCUUGAAGACUACUACUUGGGAUCGAAAGCGCAGUGCUCUAUCACGAGUGGUGGGGUGUGCCCCGACGCCAAGUCACCGUUGAAGGGAACCGAUGACUUGACCGUGAUGUCUACAAAAUACGAAAACGGACUUCUGAGUGUUGUCUACUCUCGUCCGCUGGCCACAACCGAUCGAUUCGACAAGACCAUUACCCCGGCUGGAGAAACGACGGUCAUUGCUGCUCAGGGCCCUCUGGCCCAGGAGCCGCCCGGUGUUGUGCUUUACCACACGAUGUACUGGACCAAAAGCAAGACAACACUGAAGCUGAACCGGCAGGCUCAAAGAAACUGCCAACCACUGACGUCAUCUGAAGCACGUGAAGAGCCCAAAACCGAAACUCAGUUUGGUGGAAGAGACAUUCUGAGGAGAGAAGGCGUGACAACUUUCACCGCCCGAAUAGGUCCCACAGGAGGAUCCAGGGGUUAUGCCAAGAUUACGGGCACUCCAGGUUGGGGAAUCGUCUGGUGGAUCAACGACGAGCUCAUACCGGUUUUGCAUGUGGAGAGAGGAAAGACGUACACCUUCAUAGCUGAGGGCGGCCAUGACGACUCCAACUCAGCGCGGUACCAUCCGUUUUACAUCACGGACAGCAGGAAGGGAGGAGGAUCCAAGGAAGACGCAGAGGCGCUUGGGAAACCGGGUCAUCUGCUACUUGCUGGAGUUACAAUGGGUCCCGACGGAAAGCCCGACGUCUCGAACGCUGUCGGGCGUUACUGCGAAUGGGAGCACAAGUCCAUUGAUCAAAGCAACAACGUCAAAACGUUUGAGGAGUUCAAGAAAACGCUGGAAUUGAAAUGUGAGCCCAACGUGAAGUCAGGGAUGUUUACUUGGACGCCCGAUGAAAAGACCCCGGACAUUGUUUACUACCAGUGCUUCACCCACUAUUACCUCGGCUGGAAGAUUUUGGUGAAGGACCCAGGCACCCCGGAUGAACCGAUAGCGUCCAAGACCGACACCCCGGGUGACCCGAUGAGGCCCAAGAGGCCAACCCCCAGAUUUCGGUUCCCUGCCGCAGAAGCUAAAGAAGACCGCGACGAUGACUAUCCCAUCCGUCGUCAUCCUGUCCUUCACUCCCCGCACUCCAACGCACUUCCACGGCGGAGCACACUAUACUCUUGGAGAAAAGAGUGUCAAUAGUCCUCUCUAAGGGGGAGGAACGGUCUUGUAACCUAUGUUCCCUUAGAAAGGGAGAAAGUUUCGUCCCUGAAGCAGGGGAGCAAAGUUCCUCCGUCGCCUGCAUGUCAUUGUGGCGGCCCCAAAUCGAGCAAAUGGAGCUCAAUAAGGCUUAACGAGGACGCUACGUCUCUUGUACGGGACGAUAGGAGCAGCAAAUAAAAGUGUAACAC